AUGGCAAUUAUAUCAAUUCUUUAUUAUCGAUGCAAAUGUUUUUUGACAAACAAUUACUUUGUGUCCAAAUAUAAGACUCACGUCAAGUACGCCAAUAAUGACACCGAUUUCUGGUCCCAAUUCGGCGACCAAUUGUCUGCUGUCGGCUGUAAUACAGACGACAAACGGUCGGAAGUGUUGACACAACUGAAGACAGAGUUUGAUCGUCGAAACAGUCUCGACAAUGAGAUCGCAAAACGGACUCAAUUUAUUAAAACUAAUUAUACGCCAAAACAUCCGGAGAUCUAUAAGUUGGACGACAAGUAUCUGCAAAAAGCAUUCAUCGAUUUAGUCGAUCGAUGCCGAAGAGGAGACACUUUUCAAGAAGUUUUACCAUUUGUUCAAACGAUUAGUUUAGAAAAACGAGUUUUUAAAUUCAAUAUCUUUACGGAAGACUUUUGUCGUAAAUUUGUCGAAGAAAUUGAUAAUUUCAACGAUUCCCCGAUGCCUAAGACCAGACCUAAUACUAUGAAUAACUAUGGUAUUCUAUUGAAUGAAUUGGGUUUCGACGAGCACUUCCUGACACCACUUCGGGAACAUUACUUGAAUCCAAUGGCGAAAGUGUUUUUCCCCGAUUGGUUGGGCGCAGGACUGGACACUCACCGCGCGUUUACUAUUAAAUACUCGGCCACCGCCGACGCCGAGCUGUUCACCCAUUACGACAACUCCGAGAUUACACUAAACGUAUGUUUAGGAAAUGUCUUCGAAGGCAGUGAAGUAUAUUUCGGUGACUUCCGGACCAAACCCCGACGCGAUGCCAAUGAUUUAGCGGUGGCAGCCGUCGAGCACAGGCCGGGUGUCGGACUCUUUCAUUUGGGACAACUAAUGCACGGAACACUUCCCGUCACAGACGGCGAGCGUCAGAAUCUAGUCGUUUGGAUGCGUUCGUCAGAGAUUCGCAACCAAUUGUGUCCGAUGUGUGACCACAAACCCGAACCCAUUCCGUCCGUCGGCUUUGGCGAUGGGUUUACCGUUCAAUGA